GAAGAAGAAUUUGUAGCGUCGAUAUGUUUGUUCCUUUGCAGUGCAGUGCAGUGCAGUGCAGCUAUAUAUGUAACCACACCACACACCCCUUCUUUCUCCACCAACCUCAUCAACCACACCACAAAACAAACACUGACUCUGAGGCAAAAAUUUUCUAACCAAUGGAGAACGAAAAUGAACCCAAAUUACCCAUUUUCAAGAGGAUUUGUGUCUUCUGUGGCAGCAGCCCUGGCAAGAAAACUAGUUAUAAAGAUGCUGCCAUUGAGCUUGGAAAAGAACUCGUUUCGAGGGAUAUUGAUCUGGUUUAUGGAGGAGGGAGUGUUGGAUUGAUGGGAUUAGUAUCUCAAGCUGUUCAUAAUGGUGGUCGCCAUGUUGUUGGAGUCAUCCCCAAGACCUUGAUGCCAAGAGAGAUAACUGGAGAGACAGUGGGAGAAGUGAAAGCAGUUGCAGAUAUGCAUCAAAGGAAGGCUGAGAUGGCCAGGCGAUCUGAUGCUUUUAUCGCUUUACCUGGUGGCUAUGGAACUUUAGAAGAAUUGCUUGAAGUAAUCACCUGGGCCCAACUGGGUAUUCAUGACAAACCAGUUGGAUUGUUGAAUGUGGAUGGAUAUUACAAUUCCUUGCUGUCCUUCAUUGAUCAAGCCGUAGAGGAAGGUUUUAUCAGUCCCAGUGCUCGUCAUAUUAUUGUAUCUGCACCUAAUGCAAAGGAAUUAGUCAAGAAAAUGGAGGAGUAUGUUCCAAGGCAUGAAAGAGUUGCUUCAAAGCAUAGCUGGGAGAUUGAACAAUUAGGGUACCCUCCAAAAUGUGACAUCUCAAGAUGAAUAGAAAUUUCAUUGGACUUGACAAAGGGAAGCAAAGAAGACAGACUACUCUUUUGGUAAAAUGGAAGCCACUAAUUUUAUUUAGAGGACCAAUAUAUUUGCUGGAGUUGGGUUUUUCUUUUUUUCUUUUUUCCUUUUGUUUUCUUUUAUUAUUACGCUAUUUGUAAACUACCCAAAAAAAAAAAGGAGAAGAAGAAGAAGAAAAAAAAACUGACAUAAAAAUGUAGUUUUUAAGAGUUUAUGUAGUUUGGUAAUUGGAGCCUGGCUUCCUAAUUAGCUGUCUUAAUUUUUUGUUGUUUCAAAAGUCAGGCAGGUAAAAUGGAGGCUUAGUUAGCUUAGAUCAAAUCAAUGUAUCUAAUGUUAUUGACAUUGUGAGUUCAAAUUC